GAGGGACUUAUAGGCAGCAGGACAAUGCUGUGUUUGUGCAACGGCCCCUGAGUGGCGGCUCCCUCAGAUCGCUCUCGCUUGACUACCAUUGCUGCAUGCAUUGUUGGAGUGUAAGGGGAAGUGGACAGUUUGAUCCUGCCUGGCAGAUGUACCAGCAGAGAGGAAGUUCGGUGCAGAUUUUUGGAGCAAGCGGAGCGGUGGAGGCUGGAGGUUGGCUGGCUAGGGUGCUUUGUACAUGCUGGGUUCCAAAAGCAGUGAAACGCCUACCGGCAGUGGGGGAGAAUCCGAGCUCUGGUCUGAGGUGCGACAAAUCAAAAAGACUGGCUGGAGGACACACAUCAAACACUGGUGGUUUUGGCCACAACAGGAAAGAGGGCGUCCACCCUUGUUGUACCAGGGAGAGGAACAGGAAACCAGUCCGCGCCGGUCCACAUCAAAGCAGAAGUGAACCGCGUUCGUGGAGGGGCCAGGUGAGGGUUGGAGCGCGGUGACGGCUUCGGGCUGUGUGCCGAAGCGUGGGAGGGGAGAGGAAAAGGCAGGGGGCGCGUAAGUAGGUGAGGAGGAGGAGGAGGAAGAGGCGUAGUGGACCUGGAGCCCAAACACAAACAGGAUGGCAGAGAAGAGAGUCAGGUAAGAGUCUUCAUCUUGUAGGUGUUUGGAUGAGGAUGAGGCUGCAGAUGUGCUAACGCAGGGCUCCCCACGGCGCCGGCUUCAUUUGUGUCACCGUUUGUGUGUUUCUUUCACGGCUUGCGCCAGUGACAACAUGUAAAUGGGUCUGUGCGUGUGUGUGUGUGCGUGUCUCUGUCGAUCACUUUGCAGCCUCCCCGCUAAGCUGAUUAACGGGGGCGUGGCAGGCCUGGUCGGCGUGACAUGUGUGUUUCCUAUUGACUUGGCCAAGACCCGCCUACAAAACCAGCAGGGGGUCCAAGUCUACAAAGGAAUGCUGGAUUGUCUGACUAAGACAGUGCGCUCAGAGGGUUAUUUCGGAUGCUACAGAGGUGCAGCGGUGAACCUCACGCUGGUUACUCCAGAGAAAGCCAUAAAGCUGGCUGCCAAUGACGUCUUCAGGCAAAAGCUCUCAAAAGACGGGCAUUUGCCCUUGUGGGGAGAGGUGCUGGCAGGAUGCGGAGCUGGAACCUGUCAGGUAGUCGUCACCACUCCAAUGGAGAUGCUCAAGAUCCAACUACAGGAUGCCGGGCGGCUCGCUGCGCAACGGCCCGCUCCAACCCCAGCCCAGGCGGCAGCUCCUGGUCCCGCCCCGUCGCUGGUGGGCCCGGCCCGGCCGGCCCCUACGACGCGUCCCUCGGCCACCGCCAUCACUGCAGAGCUGUUGAAGACCCGUGGCCUUGCUGGCCUCUACAGAGGGGCAGGAGCGACCCUCAUGAGGGAUGUCCCCUUCUCAAUGAUCUACUUCCCUCUGUUUGCCAACCUCAAUACUCUGGGCCGUGAAAGAGCGGGCGGCCAGGUUGACGUGCAGGCCCGGUCACCAUUUUGGCAGUCGUUUGUGGCAGGCUGCACUGCGGGAUCAGUUGCAGCGGUGGCUGUAACACCACUGGAUGUCAUAAAGACUCGUUUGCAAACCUUGCAGAAGGGUGAAGGCGAGGACACGUACAGAGGAAUUAUUGACUGCACACGGCGCAUCAUGAGGCGGGAGGGCCCAUCAGCAUUCCUGAAGGGUGCCACAUGCCGGGCUUUGGUCAUCGCUCCUCUGUUUGGCAUUGCGCAGGGUAUCUACUUUCUCGGUGUAGGGGAGACGGUGCUGGGUUUACUGGGAUAGCAGCGCUUGGCUUGGCCGGUGGCGGUUGCGUGGCCUCACAUGAUCGGCUGCUUGGAGAGAACGGCACAGCUGGGUGAACAGUGGCGACAGAGGAAGGAAUGGAUGGAAAGAGGACGAUGGUCUCAGAUAUGUUGAAGCUCUAUUUACUAAUAUGUGGACCGCAACUAAUUGUGUUUCUCUAGGUUGUACAUGCUGCCAGCAGGGUUCCGUAGGUUCAACAGGGUCCCCAUGUUUGUGUGUGACUAAUCUGAGGGGACGUGUAAGAGGACGUGUGGGUUCCCAGUGUGCUUGGUGCAUUAGCAGCUGUUCCUUUCACCUGGGACACACCUAUUGAUUAACAAAAGCGUUGCAUGUUGCCUGUGGCAGCCAAUCGAACCAUUAAUACGCUCAUGACAAGGAGCCGUGCAUCAUCCAACGUAAGUGACAAACUCCUUUUUAAUCAUGCAUUGCAUCAUGUUUGAUGUCGGUCAGAUGUGGGUCUCUGGCUUGACUUUAAAUGCCAAUCAUUUAGACACCAUGCAUCUCCUAUCGCUGUUACGCACUCCUCCCACUCCAUCCGUGGAAUGUGACCUGUAAUCCUGAACUCCCUCACUGGAUUGAGAGGUGCUGCCUGCCAGUGUCUCUAAGAACGUUUGAUAAUCUGAUGGUAAUGCUUUAAUCCCAGUAUUAGUGUACAAUAUACGCUAACCCAUCUAGCCUUGACUUCCUCUUCUCUACAGCUUGGAUGGGUUUACGUGAAAACCCAGAGAGGCCCAGUGCUUCCUACUGCUUAGUUCCACAUACAAAGCGCACAAUAACUAAAAUAAUGCAACUAAAGCCUUAUCACUGCAUUUAGUUCUUAAGCCAUCAAGUGUAAAUCUUAGUUGCUGAUGUUGAAACAUUGCACCAGAAUUCAACCUAGCCAGGACAGAUAUGUGUUAGAACCCAUGGAGGGAGUAUGGCACCUUGUCUUGCCAACUGUUUGCCAUUACUGGAGUCCACUGGGUGGCACUAAAGCUUUUUUUUACAUUUUUAAUGAGACAUUUAGAUGUGGUUAGUGUAUUUAUGCUACUACAUUCUCCUCAUUGUAGACAGAGCAUAGCCAUAGUAAGCGGUUUGUUUACAAGAUGUAAAUAAAAAUGUCUCAAACAUG